AUGAAAAUCCCAGCCGUUGUAGCAGCUGUACUUCUUCUCAGCACGUUCACAGAGGCACAGAACUCUUCCUCUACCGUCCCCGUCAUCAAUCUCGGUUAUGUGAAAUACAGCGGCUACCAGAAUGCCACCGCCGGCAUCAACUACUACCGUGGCAUCCGUUAUGCUGCCGCUCCCACAGGCGAACUACGCUGGGCAAAACCCGUGCCUAUCGAAUAUAUGAACAACUACAACGGCCAGACCAUCAAUGCUUCAACUCUGGGUCCUGCAUGCUAUCAAUCCUCUGCGAGGUCCACUUAUGCUACUCCAUCAGCACCACAAGGACAAUCAGAGGACUGUCUGCUUCUCGACGUCCUUGUGCCUUCCAAGCCUGUCUCCACAGCCUUGCCUGUACUUUUCACCAUCCACGGUGGUGGCUACGUUGGCGGCAGCGCGCCCUUCUCCUACCCGGGCGAUGCCCUGGUCAACCGGUCUGACGGCAACAUCAUCUAUGUGGGUAUCCAGUACCGUUUGGGAAUGUUCGGGUUCAUGGGCGGGGAUGCCAUUGCUGAGAAUGGAGCGCUGAAUGCGGGCCUUCUCGAUCAACGAGCUGCCAUGGAUUGGGUCCAGCGGAACAUCCGUGCUUUUGGUGGUGACCCAGGCCGGGUCACGAUAUGGGGAGGUUCGGCUGGUGGAGGCAGUGUAUCGUGCCAGCUGAUCGCCAAUAGCGGUUCUGAUUUUCCCCCCUUUGCGGCCGCAAUUGCAGACCAUCCCUGGUGGCAACCCCUGGCCAACAAGAGCACGCAGAACACCCAGUAUAACACGGCUCUGAAGCUAUCAAACUGCUCGGAUAUCAAUUGUCUUCGAGGGCUGUCUUCUGCUACGCUGGGCAACCUCAACCAGGCAGUGAUAAAUGCGACGUACCCAGGACCUGACAAUGCAUACGGCGUCUACUACUGGGGUCCAGUGGUGGACGGCAAGUUCAUCCGCGACCUCCCCGACCAAGAAUUUGCAAAAGGCAACUUUUACAGGGUGCCCGUGAUCACCAACCGGGACGCUUACGAGGGCUAUAUUUUCUCCAACAUGACGCAGACGUCUCAGAUAGACGAGACGAUAGAUGCCGAAGAUCUCUUCCCCUCCGCUGGGCCGUCAUUUUUCUCCCGCCUCUACUCGCUCUAUCCGCGCAGUAAGUUCAACAGCACCUUCUACCAGCGCCAGACCUGGUUCGGGGACUUUAUUAUCAACUGUCCGACCUACUACAUGGCCUCGUCGAUGGUGGAUUCACUCUCCAACAGCUCGGCGGUGUUCAAGCUCACGUUCGCCGCCGGGAGCGAGCUCCACGGCGCCACCAACCCUUUCAUCUCGUCCAACGUGACCAACUACCCCAGCGCGAACAACCUGACGCUGGCACACAUCAUGACCAGCUACUGGGUGAGCUUCACCGUCUUCCACGACCCGAACCCGUUGCGUGUUGCCGGCGCCCCCUACUGGCCGAGUUACAUCUCCGGCGCACCGGGCUCGACGGCGGAGGGUGAGGGCGUGGGCUUCACGGUCCAGGCCGUCACGUAUAACAGUAUCAGCGCGACACCGGAUCCUGACGCGGCUGCGCAGUGUGACUUUUUCAACUCUCGGGGAUGGCAGAUCAGGAAUUAA